UUCCAAAUAACGGCUACCCAGCCUAAACACAUUUACUUUGCAACGUAAGACUAUGUUCAACAACUUUGAAAAGACAAAAGGCAUAGACUCUAAGCCUUUUACGGCGACAAGACAGUAAUGGAACAAAGAGAUGACACUGUUCUACGAGAAUCGCACAUCAUUAAUGGACUGAAAAAUGGAAAUGUGAGCCACGGUUUUGUCCGAAAUUCGUCAAAUGCGGCCUCUUUUCAAAAGUAUGCCAACUUAAGCAGAGACCAGAGAGAUUACUCUCUUAGAAGCUCAAGUUCAAAUACCCCCAGCGGCUCGUAUUCUCCAUUUCCUGGAACGUCACAACAACAACAAUGCAAGCAUGAUGUGGACAUUCUAGGCGGGCUCAGCAGCUAUGGGAAGGGAGUUUUCUCUGAGCACGCUGCUGGCGUUAUGCGCCUGCUGCAAGGCAUGUGGGAGACUCGGCACAUGUGUGACAUGGUGAUCAACGUGAACGGUCAGGCUCUUCCGGUCCACAGACUAGCUCUCGCCGCUUGCAGCGAAACCUUCAAGUCCAAGCUGUGCAGCCAGCAGCCAAAUGAUAUUAAAGAACUUUACGUUACGGAUACCACAAUCGAGGCCACGGAACUGGUUCUGAGAUACAUAUAUACCCUCGAGCUUUCACUGGACGAAGAAAUCGUCGAUCCAGUCCUGUCUUGUGCUUUGCAACUCGGAAUUUCCACAGUUGUCGAGGCUUGCAAAUCGUUUCUGUUGCAUUUCACUCUGGACAAUGCCAUGAGAUUUAUUGAACUUUCGGAAAAAUACCAGCUAUUGGAUGUGCUCUCUCAGAUCCAUGGGUUUAUAUGUGUCCACUUCCAGGAUAUUGCUUCUUCUUCAGAGUUUCUGGAGUACGACCCUGAUACCCUAAGCCGGCUUCUGGCUGACGACAGCUUGGUGGUUUCCAACGAGCUGGAUGUUUUCCUCGCCGUGCAGAGGUGGAUUGAGCACAAUGUGGAGGAACGACUGGUUUAUGCGGCCGAUCUCAUGAAACUGGUGCGGUUGGUCCUUAUCUCGCCCGAGGACAUCGCCCUACACGUGGAGACGUGCCAGUACAUAUUUCAGAUUCCAGAGUGUCACGAAAUGCUCUACUCAGCACUUAGGUACCAUGCUUUGAAGUAUAGUAACAGUUACCUGGCGCAUACUUUCGAAGUACCAAAAUUACGGCGCAUUAAAGCAGCCAGUAAUCCUCAAUCUGUGCAGAGUGCUUCCAAACAAGAAAACAAGUCAUCAAACUGUGCUUACGACAUCUCAGAUGCGUCUAGUCCUAAAGACAAAGUGACAGGCCAGAACCUGUCUCCAACAUCUACUAUUCUGACAGUGGGCGGACUAAAUCCGACGGAAGUCUGUGGCAAUCGUAUAAGCCGAUGGAUUCACGAAUACGACCCUAUAAGGAACAACUGGGCGACGCUGACGACCCUGCCAGACAAACGUCAUCACCAAGGCGCAAUACUUCUUGACAUGGAACUCUAUAUCAUUGGGGGUUCGUCAGUUGACAAAGCGGACAAAGGAUCGACGGGCUACCAAAACACGACUGGUACCUGUUACAAAUUUGACCUGGCCAGCCAUACCUGGAGCCAGGUAGCGUCGUUAAGCUGUAAGCGAGUGUAUCAUUCCGUAGUCACACUGGAGGGCCACAUUAUAGUACUAGGAGGACAAGACGAACAUGGCAGGUACCUAGCUAGCAUGGAAUGUCUUAAUCCGGCAGCAAACUCUUGGAAAAUGUUGCCACCAAUGCCAGACGCAAAGACAGGUGCAACAGCUGUUGUCUUUCAAGGACAGAUUUUUGUAAUCGGCGGUUUUAGGGAGACCCUUAUGUGCAAGGCACCCUUAACAAAUGUGGAGUGUUAUGAUCCCAAGCGCAGAGUGUGGAGUGCAAAGCGGCCGUAUCCUAUGCCAUGUUCACACGCUUGUUCUGUGGUUACCGGUGGUUCACUUUUCGUCAUCGGUGGUGCCACCUUUGAGCAGUCAGGUGGUCCCAUAUCGAGCAUGUCUUCUAUUUAUCUCUAUGUUCCGGACUCCGAUAGAUGGCGCUUUUUCACCAACCUGCAUGUCCCUAGGCAUAGUGCAGCUGCUGCUAGUAUAGGAAACUAUAUUUACGUAAUGGGGGGUCUGAGUACCACGAACAACCUGGUGCUGUCCUCUGUGGAGUGCCUCGAUAUCGCCAAAGGGAGCUGGAUCACAGAUAUCAAAGAUCUGCCACAUCCCGCUCUGGGCUUGUUCGCAUGCGUGAAUCUCCAGAUAGACGAGAAAUAACCACAUCGUGACUGUCUUUUCAUUCACAUACCGAAAAUGAAUGACUUUUAUUAUACCAGGCGAUGAUGACUGCAUAGAAUAUGUAUAUAUUGGACUAUCAACAAGUUAACUGAAUGGCGGUGAUUCCAAGAAUAUGUCCAAUUUUUUCUAACUGUAUACCUAUUGUUGGUCUUGUCAACGUUGUUUCCUUUCUACACUUACCUUGUAUUUUUUUUUCCAUAGAUAUAGAAUAUUUCAUUCAUUUGUGCUCAACGCAAUAGUAGGGUAUAGAUACUGGGUAAAACAUUGGAGAUGUCAGCGUCCUGAACUAUAUAGACUGCAGCAUAUCCUGCUUAUACAUGCAGUUGUGAAAUAUCGUAGAAUGCUUUUCAAAGCAGUCAAGACUUCACGCUCAAGUGCUGUUAAUAAGUGCCUUAAAUAACGUAAAUGUAGUGACCAGUUUUAGAAACGGACGGAAUAACUUAUAUUAUAAUGACGCAUCCAAAUGAUCUGGUUUUCUUUAAUUGGGCAUUGUUCAAGACUAGUCUAAUACACCAAGUCGUAUAAGUAUAGUUACGACUCCUUUGAAUCAAAUAAUGCAUUUAGAAUUUGUUAUGUCAACAGUCAUUUUUGAUGACACAUCGGACAGGAAUAACCUUACGUUUGACCUACUGUAAUAAGGUUUUGGAAUGUUAUUAUGAAUGUAUGUAGGACCACGAAAAACAACAUUCUACACCCACAUCAAAUCGUCUUCUUUAUUAUAUCCACAUUAGAUCUCGCUUAAAGCCAGUGUGCACUGGACGCAACUACAACAGCAAACUGCAAUGGCAUUUGAUUACAACGCUAUUAAUGUUGUAGUCCAUCAUCUAUUGGAAAGUGUACUACAUAAAACAAGUCAC